AAGACUUUCCACACAUCCACAAUCACGUGAUCGAUUUUCCCUUCUUAUACGAAGGCUCUCCUUCAAAUGACACAUAGGCCGACAUUCUUCGCGCAGUUAUAAUAAAGUUUCAUUUCUUCGUAUUUGUAAGACUGCAAUUGUAGCAUCAUGGGUGACUCAGGAGCUCCUAAGUUCGGUAUCAACGGUUUUGGACGCAUUGGUCGUCUUGUGCUGAGAGCUUCACUCGAGAGAGGAGCAGAAUGUGUGGGAGUCAACGACCCUUUCCUCGAUGCUGCCUACAUGGAAUAUCUUUUCAAAUACGACUCCACUCAUGGCCGUUUCAAAGGUGAAGUCAGCCACGAUGACAAGAACCUCAUCAUUAAUGGAAAAAAAAUCGCUAUCUUCAGCGAAAGGGACCCCAAAGCCAUUCCAUGGGGCAAAGUUGGUGCCAAAUAUGUCGUAGAAUCGACUGGAGUUUUCACCACCACCGAAAAAGCCAAGGCUCACAUCGAUGGAGGUGCUGUCAAGGUCAUCAUUUCUGCACCGUCUGCAGAUGCACCUAUGUAUGUUUGCGGUGUCAACCUCGAUGAAUAUGACCCCAAGGCUCCUGUUAUUUCCAACGCUUCCUGCACAACCAACUGCUUGGCUCCAUUGGCCAAGGUUAUCCAUGACAAAUUUGAAAUCGUUGAAGGUCUCAUGACAACUGUUCAUGCAACCACUGCCACCCAGAAGACUGUCGAUGGACCCUCCGGCAAAUUGUGGCGUGAUGGUCGUGGCGCUGCCCAGAACAUCAUCCCAGCCUCUACUGGAGCCGCCAAAGCCGUAACUAAAGUAAUCAAAUCUUUGGAAGGAAAGUUAACCGGAAUGGCCUUCCGUGUGCCAACUUCUGAUGUUUCCGUUGUAGACUUGACCUGCCGACUUGGCAAGGCAGCUUCCUACGAUGAAAUCAAGAAGGCUGUUAAGGAAGCAGCUGAAGGACCAAUGAAAGGAAUUUUGGGUUACACAGAAGAUGAUGUUGUAUCUUCCGAUUUCAUUGGCGACUCCCAUUCAUCGGUCUUCGAUGCUAAAGCCGGAAUUUCUCUCAACCCCAACUUUGUGAAACUGAUCGCGUGGUAUGACAACGAAUAUGGAUACUCCUGCAGAGUCGUCGACCUCAUAAAACACAUCAGCACCAAGGAUUAAGCAUUUUCGUGAAAUAACUCUAUAAUUAUUAUAGAAACUUGCAUGCAGUGCAGACAAGAAAUGUAACUUUGUAGUGGAUACGCUGAAAGUGAAAAAUUUUCUAAAUUAUUUUCAUGUAUGUUAAGGUUAUAUCCAGUGAAUGUAUGUCUCAAAAUAUAAAUUAACUUC